AAACACUUUAACAGAGACUGUAGGAUUAGCUCCAGAUUCAUUGUGCCCCUGAUCCCUGAUGAUUAAAAUAGGCAAAUAAAUGAUUUAGUGAUGAGAAUGUGAGAAAGUCAUCUCACAUUUAGGAGUCAAAGUCAGGAAUCAGCUGCAUGUUUGUGAAAACUUUACUUAUAUUCAAAGAUGGAGACUCCUGAUCUGGACAAAGAUAAUGUGGCCCCACCCUCAAAAAAAUGUAAACUUCAGGGAAAGACAUCAGCACCAAGCUGUAUCUCCAUAAAGACUGAUCAGUCUAUGGAUCCUCCUGUGAGGUUCAAAGGUGGAGACUCCUCACCUCUACACAGUGAAGUCCAGGAGAAAGGUUCAGAGUCACCGGCACUAAGCUGUAUCACCAUGAAAAGUAAUCAGUCUAUGAAUACACCCUUCAAGUUUAAAGAUGAAGAUUCCUCAAUUCUACAUAGUGCGAUACAUAAGACAGGGGAAAGAAUAGAGGAGAACAUCAUCGCCGAUGCAGAGCACGACCCAAAAUCUGCUGCUGUAGACAAAUUCCAGAAAAAGUUCAAAUUAAAUCUGAUGAACAAGUUUCAGUGUGUGAAUGGAGUGAUAAUAAACCCGGGAAAGCGAACACCCCUAAAUGAGAUCUACACAGAGCUCUACAUUACAGAGGGAGACAGUGGUGACGUCAAUAAUGAACAUGAGGUGAGACAGAUUGAAGCAGCGUUCAGGAGAAUAACAACAAAGGAAACAUCAAUCAAAUGCAAUGACAUCUUUAAGCCCUUAUCUGAACAAGACGAACCCAUCAGAUCUGUGCUGACAAAGGGAGUCGCUGGCAUCGGAAAAACUGUCUCUGUGCAAAAGUUUAUUCUGGACUGGGCUGGAGGGAAAGCAAAUCAGGACAUCCACUUCAUAUUUCCGCUUCCUUUCAGAGACCUAAAUUUGAUAAAGGACCAGAAAAUGAGUCUGAUGGAGCUCCUUCAUGUCUUUUUUAAAGAAACAAAAGAAAAAGAAAUGUCCAAUUUGGAAAAGGUCCUAUUUAUUUUUGAUGGAUUGGAUGAGUGUCAUUUUCCUCUAGAUUUCCAGAACACAGUGAGUGUGUGUGAUGUAACUGAAUCUGCAUCAGUGCCUGUGUUGCUGAUAAACCUGGUCAAAGGGAAUCUGCUUCCCUCUGCUCUCAUAUGGAUCACCUCCCGACCAGCAGCAGCUGAUCAAAUCCCCUCUGAGUGUGUCCAUCGAGUCACAGAGGUACGAGGGUUCAAUGACCCACAGAAGGAGGAGUACUUCAGGAAGAGGAUCAGUGAUCAGAGCCUGGCCAAUAACAUCAUCACACACCUGAAGUCAUUAAGAAGCCUCUACAUUAUGUGCCACAUCCCAGUCUUUUGCUGGAUUUCAGCUGCUGUUCUAGAGAAAAUGUUGGGUGAAGCAAAGAGUGGGGAGAUCCCCAAGACUCUGACUCAAAUGUACACACACUUCCUCAUUAUACAUAUAAACAUCAUAAGAGAAAAGUAUCCAAAAAAGCAGGAAGAUGAUGUAAUUAUUUUUAAACUGGGAAAAUUGGCUUUUGAGCAGCUGAGGAAAGCCAACCUGAUCUUUUAUGAGGAAGACCUGAGAGAGUGUGGCAUUGAUGUGAGAGAAGCAGCAGUGUACUCAGGUGUGUGUACGCAGAUCUUCAGAGAGGAGUUUGGGCUUCACCAGAGUAAAGUGUACUGCUUUGUUCAUCUGAGUAUUCAGGAACACCUCGCAGCUCUGUAUGUGCACCUGACAUUUGUCAUGCAAGAGAGAAAUGUUCUUAAUCAGUAUCAGUUCUCUGAACGGUGGAUCUCAGAUGUACAUAAGUGUGCUAUAGAUCAAGCUUUAGAAAGUCGGACUGGACAUCUGAAUCUUUUCCUCCGCUUUCUGUUGGGUCUCGCCCUGAAGUCCAGUGAGAAUCUCUUACAGGCCAUAGUAACACAAACAGGAAGUAAUUUCCACAAGAUAGAGGAAACAGUUCAGUACAUUAAGAUAAAAAUCAGUAGGGAUCUUCCUACAGAUAAAUCCAUUAAUCUGUUCUACUGCCUCAAUGAACUGGGAGAUAAUUCUCUAGUGGAUGAAAUCCAACGCUACCUGAAAUCUGGAAAACAAAGUGAACUCUCUUCUUCACAGUGGUCUGCCCUGGUGUUUGUGUUACUAACAUCAGCACAGGAGCUGGAAGAAUUUGACCUGAAUAAAUAUAUUAGUACAGAUAAGAUACCAGAAUCUGUUCUUUUGAAGGUGAUGCCUGUUAUUGCAGCAUCAAGAAAAGCAAUUAUCAGAUGUGAUUCAAUUGGAGCAAGAAGUUGGUUAUCUCUGGUCUCAGUGCUCAGCUCAGAAACCUCUGCCCUAAAAGAAUUACAUCUGACUGUGAAAACACUAGCUCUAUCCUGUGAUAAUUUUGGAGACUCAGGUGUAAAGAGUCUCUCUGCUGUACUGGAGAAUCCUCACUGUAAAGUAGAGACACUGUGGUUGUAUAAGUGUGGUGUCUCAGAUGAGGGCUGUGCUGCUCUGACUUCAGCUCUGAAAAAUAAUCCCUCUCACCUAAGGAAACUGGUUUUGUCUAAUAAUGAAUUAGGAGACUCAGGAGUGAAGUGUCUCUCUGCUGUACUAGAGAAUCCUCACUGUAAACUGGAGACACUGAGGUUGCGUAAGUGUGGUGUCUCAGAUGAAGGCUGUGCUGCUCUGACUUCAGCUCUGAGAUCAAACCCCUCACACAUGAGAGAACUGGAUCUGUCCUUUAAUAAUGUGGGAGACUCAGGAGUGAAGUGUCUCUGUGCUGUACUGGAGAAUCCUCACUGUAAACUGGAGAAACUGAGGUUGAGAGAGUGUGGUGUCUCUGAUGAAGGCUGUGCUGCUCUGACUUCAGCUCUGAGAUCAAACCACUCACACCUGAGAGACCUGGAUCUGUCAGGGAAUAACAUAGGAGACUCAAAAAUGAACCUGCUUUCUUCUUUUAAAGAUGAUGAACGUUUUCAACUACAGACCCUGAGAGUGUGAUUAAUUCAUCUUUCAUCUUUGUGUGAUGAAGACUCCGGAGUUCCUGCAUCAUGCACAACGAAGAACAGACAGUAUCUACCAUUUGAUCCAGGGAGGAAAAACAUAUAUUAUUAUAGCUGAUGUUUUAACCAAUUGACCCAUACCCUCCUGUAAUUUUAAGCCAAUCAGACAAUUGCACACUCAGAUUAUGAAUACCCUCCACUAAAGAAGCACUUUAAAUGAUUUAGAAUUUGACACUUUGAAUGUUUAAGCCUUUUCAGGCCUUAAGUAAGUAGCACUACUUAUUGCACAAUUAAUGGAUUAAUGUUUAAAAUGUUGCAUAGAAUAACUUGGACUUUAAUUUUGGCAAAUAGUUACAGUUAAAUCAAAUAUAUGUUCAUAUUAAUAAGCAUAUAUACAUAUAAAGUAUUUAUAAACUUGCUUGACCCAGAUAUUUUAUGUUGCAAAAUCCUGUCCUUUAAAUUUAAUGUAUUAUCUUUU